AAUCUGUACGAGCAGAACAUGAGUUUAGCAAUAAAACAAACUCACAACACAAUAUCUGUUUUUUCUAUGAAAUAUUUCUGCUUCAACAUUAAAUUUUUUCAGUAAGACAGAUCAGAAACUCUUCUUUCGAGGGUCGUAUUUCAAUGAACAUAGAUAUUCACAUGCCUGUUUACAAGAGUUGCAGUAGUGUCAAACUUGAAAGCUGAAUUCAACUAUUCAACUAUUCAAUAAUUGAAUACUUGAAUAGUACGUAGGUGAAGUUAGCACCAUAUUCGAGUAAAACCUUCCCAUCUUCGCCUAGGAACGUGUUCCAAGUGUUCCAACCCGGUUCCAAGUAGAACUCGACGAGCUCUAUCUAAUGGUAACCUUGGAUUUUUCAUAGCCCAAACCAAUCGUGAGAAAAAUCCAAAAUACUGGCCUUUUUCUAUGGGAAAAGGCAAACCUACUUACUAAAACCUUCCCAUAUUCAUCCAGGAACGUGUUCCAAGUGUUCCAGCCCGGUUCCAAGUACAACUCGACGAGCUCUAUCCAAUGGUGACCUUGAAUCGAUCGCAAUCCAAACCAUUGGGUGUGGGGCGUGGAGUGUGGGUAGGGUGUGGGGUGCGGGUGGGUGGGUGUGGGUGAGGUGUUGGUGUGGGUGUGGAUGGGUGUGGGCGUGGGUGGGUGUGGGUGUGGGUGGGUAUGGAUGUGAAGUGGGGGUGUGUGCAUAUGGGUGUGCAUGUCAAAAGAAGAAUACGCUUAAAUUCACAUAUGCACAUCCACACCCAAACUCACACCCACACCCACACCCACACCCACCCUUUAAUACACAUACAAUAUCAACUCCACCAUUAUCAAAUGUUUCGAUUUCAAAUGGAAAUUCAACUCCGUCAUUCGCAAACAUUUAUAAUACAAAUAUAAAUCCAACUUCAUCGUCACCAUAUGGAUAUAAUACUAAUUCAAAUCUACCACCAACAACUACCUAUCCUAUGAGUCAAAAUCCAUCUCCAUCCAACGUUUAUAAUCCUCUUUCAGUAAAGAUAUGUUUUGUUCUAUUUCUCUCUAUAUUCUAAAUUUUUUUUUUGUUCUUUCUAGACAUCUCAACCAUCAAUUCGUCCAAUGUAUCCUUCACCAUCAUCUGCUUAUCGUCCUCAAGUAUCACAACAAUCAUCUCAAUUUAUUUCAUCAACAAUUAAUCAAACUGCUCAACCACCUUUACCUUCUCGUUCACCUCCUUCAACAUUAUCAUCUACUUAUCCCUAUCCACAAUAUAAU